CCGUAACAUAAAAACGAUACCCAUUUCUUGAGAGAGAAACUCAAUCCAAAUCAAAUUUGACAAAACCCUAGCCAUUCUCCGAUCAUGCACUGCAACUUCUCCCUCUAAACCCACACACACCGACAUGACAAGGCGCUGCUCUCAUUGCAGCAACAAUGGCCACAACUCUCGGACCUGUCCUAAUCGAGGUUUGAAGCUGUUUGGAGUACGAAUUACGGAUGGAUCCAUCCGUAAAAGUGCUAGUAUGGGUAACUUGACCCACUACACCGGAUCCGGAAGCGGUGCUUUCAACGCUUCAUUCGCCGCCGCCGGCGCAGACCUCGAUUCUCCAGGAGACACACCGGAUCAUAACGCCGCUGCCGACGGCUAUGCAUCGGAAGACUUUGUUGCGGGCUCUUCUUCUAGCCGUGAAAGAAAAAAAGGUGUUCCCUGGACAGAGGAAGAACAUAGGAUGUUUCUACUAGGGUUGCAGAAGCUCGGGAAAGGUGAUUGGCGUGGGAUUGCAAGAAAUUAUGUGAUUUCAAGAACACCAACUCAAGUGGCUAGCCAUGCCCAGAAAUAUUUUAUCAGGCAAAGCAAUAUGUCGAGGAGAAAGAGACGGUCUAGCCUCUUCGAUAUUGUUGCUGAUGAUCCUCUUGAUCUUUCAAUGAUGGCUUCCCAUGAUUACAACGAUGGAAACACUUCACAACCUGAGACUCAAUCCAUCAACGAUCCUAUGUGUGUUCCUACACUGGAGGAAAAAGAAGAAGAGUGUGAAUCAACGGAUUCUACCAAUUCAAACAUUGUGGAGGUAGCUGCUGACCUGACAACCAACCUGAUGCAUCAAGAGGGAAGGCAAUACUGUUACCCGGGCAUGUUUCCAGCAUUUAUACCUGUUGCUAUUCCAUUUUGGCCUGGGGGGUCGGUUCCAGGGCCACAAGCUGAGUCUCACAAGGUUCUUAAACCCACAGCAGUCCACUCAAAGAACCCGAUCAAUGUGGAUGAGCUUGUGGGGCUGUCAAAACUGAGUUUAGGCAAAUCAACUGGUGAUGGUGGGCCGAAUUCUUUAAAGCUAGUUGGAAGUCUAAGUAGGCCAUCUGCAUUUCAUGCUAAUAAUCCCAAUCAAGGGUCUACUGGCCAUAGUCCAAUUCAUGCAGUGUAGGAGGUUGGGUAGAUUAUGAUUUGGGCUUUAGCUGUAUGCUUGUGAGCGAAUUACCAGAUGAUGAAUUCUGGGUAUACAAAAAAGUGUAGUCUUAAAGGGUCAUUUUCAUUGUUGUUUGGAGAGAAAGAAGGCAUAAAGUUGAAUGUUAGUUUUGGUGAUGUUUGAUUUAUGAACAAGAAUAGAAAUUAGUUGCAGAGUUGGUUUUGGAGUAUUCAAUUAUAGUUGAUGAUAAUGAAUGAAUGGGUUGAAGAGAAAGUUACCAAA